GAUAAUCUACCAACACCAAAUUCUUAAAAUUCACGUCCAACAGAAACCAUGGCUCCGCGACAAAUAACAAGCACCAUCCUCCUCGCCUCGUUCCUCGGUCUCUCCUCGACGACCCAGGCYUUCACGGCCGCCCCGGCACCGGGGUUCCGGGCCGCCACAUCGCUCGCUGCCGCGAACAACGAACCCACCCCCUCGGUGAGCCGCAGAAGACUGCURGAGAGGGCCGGGGCCUUUGCCGCCGCGGCGGUCUUUGCACCCGURACGGCGGCCAGCGCCCUGGACAUGGAAGCCUUUGCCAACUCCCAGGUAAGCAUCGCCCKCCGCAUGGCGUCUUCCGAUGCCGGAACGCCACCCGGACAAACCCACGACGGCGGUCCUCGACGCGGGGAUUGCACCGAAUGCUAGACCCUCACCGUUUUCUGCCUGCUYCCUCUCGCACCCYAUCUCUGCRCGCACACGAUUCCGAUUCGUUYCGUUCCGUUCCGUUGCAGAUCGAGGCGGACAUCAAGAACUGCGACCCAAAGCGCGACCCCAAGUGCAUACCGAAGCUGAACGCCGACGAGGCCCUCUGCAAGUACGGGCAGAGCGGAUCCGCCAGGGGGGAGGCCUGCAAGCGGGUSAAGGCCGCGGGGGGCGACAUUUCCCAGAAGCCACAGGGAAAAGCCCUGGGGGGAGCCUACGCCAUGUAACGAAUCCAUGCAACGAAUCCAUGCAACGAAUCCAUGCAACGAAUCCAUGUAACGAAUCCAUGCAACACCAGAGAAAGGCCGCACGGAACCGCAUCGCUGCCACAGCGUCCGGCAGCGCACCGUGCCACAAUAGAAGAAUCCACCACGAAACCAUAGCAAUAACAUUGUCACUGUAACAAAAUAUUUUGAACACA